UUCCAAAAUGCCACGAGUGUGUGAAUGAAUGAAUGAAUCAACGUUCUCACCUCACUCUCUACACUUUCAUUCAUCUCUAUAAAUGUUAAAUGCCUUAGUUUCUCAUAUUUAAGCAAAACUACUCUCACACGCCCACGUUACCUCCUAAAUUUAUCGCCACACAAAUUCCAAAUUCUUUCGUCUUUUUUCUCAGCAAAUCAACAUGUGGUUUGUAUAUGGAGAUUUUUUAUUUCCACUAGCAAUACUUCUGAUGUUGUUAGGAACACCAUGUUUAGGUUCUUUUGUGAAAAGUGAAGAUAAGAUAAAAUCAAGUGUUUUUUUGUCCCCAAAGUUUGAGCUAGGACCUGGUUCAGUUAUCAACAGAUAUUAUUAUGAUAUUGAUUUUCCAAGAGGUCAUAUAGCAAUCAAGAGUUUCAAUGCUGAAGUAAUUGAUGAAGCUGGAAACUCUAUACCUCUCCAUGAAACUUAUCUCCAUCAUUGGGUUGUUGCAAGAUAUCAUAAAAGUAAACAUGUAACACACAGAGAGUAUGAUAGCCAUAGAAUGCUUCAAAACUCAGAUAAUGGUGUUCUUGUGAGAAACAGUGGAAUAUGCCAGGAAAAUACUCUUGGACAGUACUUUGGACUUGGUUCCGAAACACGAGGAACAGCCACUGAUAUUCCGGAUCCUUUCGGUAUAGAGAUAGGUAAUCCUGCAGAGAUUCCAGAAGGGUUUGAGGAGAAAUGGUUGGUUAAUGUUCAUGCCAUCGAUACACGCGGUGCGGAGGAUAAGUUAGGAUGUACUGAGUGUAAGUGUGACCUUUAUAAUGUUACAGUUGAUGAAUAUGGAAGGCCUAUAAGGCCAGAUUAUAAAGGAGGUUUGUUAUGUUGUUAUGAUUAUUCACAGUGCAAGUUGAAGGAAGGUUUUGAAGGUCCAAAGAGAAGCCUCUAUUUAAAAUACACAAUAAAAUGGGUUGAUUGGAAUGAUUUUAUAGUGCCUGUUAAGAUUUAUAUAAUUGAUGUGACUGAUACAUUGCUGCAACUAUCAGAUAGUUCAAAAGGAUUGAACUCAGAACAUAGUUGCAAGGUUGAGUAUCUAGUUGAAUCUUGCAGCACAGAUUAUAAGGAGGGUAAUGGAUGUGUUAACGUGAGGAGGACAAGUCUUCCACUGCAAACUGGUGGUUAUGUGAUCUAUGGUGUUGCUCAUCAGCAUUCAGGUGGAAUUGGUUCAACUCUGUAUGGACAGGAUGGGAGGGUUAUAUGUUCUUCUAUACCAAGUUAUGGAAAUGGAAAUGAAGCAGGAAAUGAGGCAGGUUACAUUGUAGGAAUGUCCACUUGUUAUCCUCAACCAGGUUCUGUCAAGAUAAUUGAUGGUGAAACUUUAACACUAGAGUCUAGCUACAACAAUAGCCAAGAACACACUGGAGUAAUGGGACUUUUCUACCUAUUGGUGGCAGAACAGCUUCCAUACCAACAAUACUUCAGACAUUCUACUCGUUCUUCAUUUUUUGUGAAUGUAUGAAUAAUAUAUAUUUGAGUAAUUAGUAACAUAUACGCUAGUAUAAUUGGAAUGCCACCAAUGGUGUCAAAGUAGUAUAUAAUUGAUCAAGCGGAAUAAAGAAUAAAAACAAGAUUAUAAAGUUUAGCUGAAUAAUACACUUCUCUCUGUCUUCAGCUAGCUAUACUAGUUCGUAUUGUUGGUUUAAUCCACUCUUUUUUUUUAUCAUAAUUCAUAGGGCUAUGUGUGAUAAGUUUGUUGUACCAUAUAAUAGUAUACUAGUAUUACAUAGUAUAUAGCUCUUGUAAGUCUAUAAAGUCUAAUAUUGUACCCUAUUUCCAUAGGGGUAAAGUUCCUUUUGUCGAUUUGCUAUGUAAUGUGUGGAUUAAUCCUCGUGGUUUUGUCAUUGUCGUAUUAUAUAUGUGUUAA